CCACAAAUAGAAGAAGAGUGUUGUCGUAGCAACUGAAGCUUAACGUUAUAGCGAAAGACUGUCCACAGGUUUUGUAGAUAAGUAUAACUGUUGCCAAAAAGCGUUAUAUUUAGGCUCUGCUUUGUCAUCUGUUAGAAACAAACUUACUUUCUGCACGCCAACUGAACUAUAUUAGCAGGUUUUAACACCUUUUAGAGAGCUGGUACGUACAUCCGCGUUCAAUGUCGGUGGUAAGCAGUCUGGUGCCAGCCCGUUUCCUGACUCUCAUCGCUCACCUUGUAAUAGUCAUCAUCAUAUUCUGGUCCCGGGAGAACAGUGUCAGAGCCUGCCUACCACUGGAUUACACUAAUGAAGAAUACAGUUUAGAGGACACACGCCUUGUAGUGGCAUUAUCCGUGACCCUGGGCCUGUUUGCUGUCGAGCUGGUUGGGUUCCUCUGUGGAGUCUCUAUGUUCAACAACAAUCAAGCUCUUCUAUCUAUUGGAUGUCACGCCAGUGGCUCUGUGGCUUUGCUCUUCUUCUUGUUUGAGCAAUGGACCUGCAGCAUCUACUUGUGGAUCUUUGGCUUCUGUAGGUCAGUCAGUAAAUAA